AAGAAAGUGUUUCCGCCGUGUCGGAAUACGGAGACACGCAUAAGAUUUCUUCACGCAAGGUCGUGUCCCCAGUACGGGGUGAACAAUUGUUUUAUCGAGCGAAAAUGUUGACAUUUGCUGGUCGUUUUGGGGCUUUUGCCCCAGUGUUGCGCGGAACACAGCAAACAGCCAAAUGUGUGGUGUUACCUGGAGCUAAGGAGUUGGUUCCUGCUACGGCUCCUGGGGGAAUCCGACUCGCCCAUACAGACAUCAAAAUCCCCGAUUUUACCGAUUACCGCCGCCCUGAAGUCAUCGACCCAAGCAAGUCCUCUCAAGACAGCAGCGAGGGAAGGAGGGCCUUCUCCUACUUGUUGACAGGGGCCACCACUGUAGUUGGCAUCUACGCAGCCAAAACAGCUGUCCACCAGUUUGUCUCGUCUAUGAGUGCCUCGGCUGACGUCCUGGCCCUGUCCAAGAUUGAGAUCAAGCUGACUGAGAUUCCAGAGGGCAAAAACAUGACCUUCAAGUGGCGAGGGAAACCCCUGUUUGUCCGCCACCGCACCGAGAAGGAAAUUGUCGCCGAGGAGGCUGUGAGUCUUGGAGAGCUCCGCGAUCCUCAGCACGACAAGGAUAGAGUGCUCAACCCGAAAUGGAUGAUCGUCCUUGGUGUGUGCACCCACCUGGGAUGUGUGCCUAUUGCUAAUGCGGGUGACUUCGGCGGCUACUACUGCCCUUGCCACGGAUCCCACUACGACGCUUCAGGAAGAAUUAGAAAGGGGCCGGCUCCUCUUAACCUAGAGGUUCCCUACUAUGAGUUCCCAGAUGAUGACACCGUUGUGGUGGGAUAAAUAUUAGAGCACUAUUAUACAAGCUUACCCCCUACUGUAGUAUAUGUUCGAAAUAUGACUCUUGUACAAGGUGGAGGUGGCAAUUAUCAAUAAAUUCCAGUUUCCUAUGG